AUGGACAGCAAAACCAUAGGUAUAUUAGGAGGUGGCCAACUAGGUCGUAUGAUUGUUGAAGCCGCCCACAGACUCAACAUCAAAACUAUUAUUUUAGAUGCCCCUCAAUCACCAGCCAAGCAAAUCAAUGCUCUUGAUGAUCAUGUUGAUGGAUCUUUUACUGAUUAUGAAUCUAUUGCCAAAUUAGCUGAAAAAGUCGAUAUUUUAACUGUUGAAAUUGAACAUGUUGAUGUUGAUGCUUUGAAAAAGAUUCAGAAGAAGUUUCCUCAAAUUGGAAUUUAUCCAUUACCUGAUACUAUCAAAUUGAUUCAAGAUAAAUAUUUGCAAAAGGAACAUUUGAUAAAGCAUGGUAUUGCAGUUACUGAAUCUCAAGCAAUUACUGAAAAUACCACUGAUAAUUUAACUAAAGUGGGUCAACAAUAUGGCUAUCCAUUUAUGUUGAAAUCGAGAACUUUGGCAUAUGAUGGAAGAGGUAACUUUGUCGUCAAAGAUGAAUCAUAUGUCAAAAAGGCAUUGGAGUUUUUAGCUGACCGUCCAUUGUAUGCUGAGAAAUGGUGUCCUUUUGCUAAAGAAUUGGCAGUUAUGGUGGUUAGGUCAAUUGAAGGUGAAGUAUUUUCUUAUCCUACUGUUGAAACCAUUCAUCAAAAUAAUAUAUGCCACCUUGUUUAUGCACCUGCAAGAAUCAAUGACACUUUAGCUGAAAAGGCAUCAAUAUUGGCCCAAAAUGCCGUGAAGUCAUUCCCUGGUUGUGGUAUAUUUGGAGUUGAGAUGUUUUUAUUAGAAAAUGGUGAAUUAUUAAUCAAUGAAAUUGCCCCUAGACCUCAUAACUCAGGACAUUAUACCAUUGAUGCAUGUGUUACUUCACAAUUUGAGGCCCACGUCAGAGCAGUCACUGGAUUACCUAUGCCUAAAGGUUUCACUGAUUUUGCAACUACAAUCACCAAUGCCGUUAUGUUGAAUGUCUUGGGUGACAAAGAGACUCCAAAUAAGGAAUUGGAAACAUGCCGUCGAGCAUUGGAAACUCCUCAUUCAACCGUAUACUUGUAUGGCAAGACCACUAGACCUGAACGUAAAAUGGGUCAUAUAAACAUUGUCACUCCAUCAAUGGAUGAUGCUGAGAAUAGGCUUGCUUACAUAAUGGGAAAGAGUAAUGACAUCCCUGCAUCACUGCCAAAUGGCGAGAAACAACAACCAUUAGUUGGAAUUAUCAUGGGCUCUGAUUCAGAUUUACCAGUAAUGGCAGUUGGUGCACGUAUUUUGAAACAAUUUGGCGUGCCAUUCGAACUAACCAUUGUUAGUGCUCAUCGUACCCCACAUAGAAUGUCAAAAUACGCAAUUGAAGCAGCUCAACGUGGAUUGAAAUGUAUCAUUGCUGGGGCUGGUGGUGCUGCUCAUCUACCAGGUAUGGUUGCGGCAAUGACUCCAUUACCAGUGAUUGGUGUUCCUGUAAAAGGAUCAACUUUAGAUGGGGUUGAUUCAUUGCAUUCAAUUGUACAAAUGCCAAGAGGUAUCCCUGUGGCUACUGUGGCUAUUAACAACAGUACUAAUGCUGCAUUAUUAGCAGUAAGAAUCUUGGGUGCUGUUGAUCCCAAAUGGUUGAAUAAAAUGAGCAGUUAUAUGAAUAAUAUGGAGGAGGAAGUAUUGAAGAAAGCUGAAGUUGUUGAAGAAAUUGGUUACGAGGAUUAUCUUACUGAUAAAUUGAAAAAGUAA